CAGCACCCCAGCACUUUUAUCCCCCACAUCAGUCACCCGCAAUGUCGCCGGGUGGGCUGAAGAAGCCGCUUCUGGCACUUAAUCGCCUGAUAGGAAAUUCGUCGGCCAAGAACCACAUCCACAAGCCAAAUAUUGGCAACAUCGCCGCCCUCGACAACGACCGGCAUGAAAAACAAGUCAAGAGGGCCCAGGAGCAGCGCAUCAAGGAGGAUGAGCGGGAAAAUGAAAGGCGCUCGUUCCAGCAACGGCGCAAAGAGCAAGAAGAGAAGGCUCACGAAGAGGAUCCUCCGGAGAUCGCUGCACGAUACGGCACCAAGACGGCCGACGUCGUUGCGAAGACUUCGUCAAUUCAAGAGCUGGCGAGGAACCCCGACAAUGCUGGCAUGUCGGUCGACUUCAUCGCCCGAUUGCAUCACGUACGAUCGCUGAGCUCCAAGCUCGCCUUUAUCAUCCUGAGGGAUCAGAUCGAACUUAUACAAGGCGUUCUGUCGUAUAGGGAGGGCGAGGUUUCCGAAAACUUUGUGCGAUGGGCGGAACAUUUGACAACGGAGAGCUUUGUACACGUCCGGGGCAAGCUGCAAAGGCCUCCAGAGGAGAUCAAGGGCUGCUCCAUCCGCGAGCUUGAGGUCAUGAUCGACUCCAUGCACCUUGUCGUUCCGGUCAAGGAGCACUUGCCCGUCGACGUCUUCAGCAUAGACCAAGUCCAGGAGGACGAGGAGACGCAUCAGCUCGAGUCGGUAGCCUCGACCAGAGUUCGAGUGAUGAACCGCAUUGCUUUCCUACGAACGCCAACGGCCCAGUCCAUCUUCCGCAUCAACUCAGCCAUUUGCAGCAUCUUCCGGUCGGUGCUCGAAGGCCACAACUUCAUCGAGAUCCACACCCCAAAGCUGAUGCCCGCUGCCACAGAAUCUGGCGCCGAGGUAUUUCGGGCCAACUAUUUCGGCCGCACCGCUUUCCUCGCCCAGAGCCCACAGUUGUCUAAGCAAAUGAGCAUAUCAGCCGACUUUGCCCGCGUCUUCGAGAUCGGCCCAGUGUUCCGCGCCGAGGACAGCAACACACACCGCCACCUGACCGAGUACACCGGCUUGGAUCUGGAGAUGGCCAUCAACAGCGACUACCACGAGGCGCUGCGUAUUAUUGACGAUCUCAUGAAGAGCAUCUUCAAGGGCAUCUAUAGCCGCUGCCGGAGAGAAUUGGACAUCAUCAAGACGCGCUUCCCGCACGAGGAUCUUGUCUGGCUGGACGAGACGCCGAUCAUCCCAUUCAAGGAUGCGGUAAAGCUCUUGAAUGAGUCCGGCUGGACCGACGAUCACGGCCAUAAGGCCUCCGAGACGGAAGACCUCAGCACCCGCGCGGAGAUUCGGCUGGGUGAGCUCAUCAAGGAAAAGUACAAGACAGACUACUACAUUAUCGACAAGUUCCCCGCCUCGGUCCGGCCAUUCUACACCCAUCUCGAUCCUGAGGACUCCAGGUUCACCAACUCGUUUGACAUUUUUCUCCGCGGGCAGGAGAUCACGACGGGCGGCCAGCGUAUUCACGACCCGGAGGUCCUCAUCGAGCGGAUGAAGAAAGCGGGCAUCGAGCCAGCUGGCAUGCAGGAGUACCUGCAGGGCUUCGAGUACGGCGUUCUCCCGCAUGCAGGAUGCGGUAUCGGCUUAGAGCGUCUGGUAUUUCUCAUGCUAAACCUCGGCGACAUCCGCAACGCGUCGCUGUUCCCUCGAGAUCCCAAGUCCCUGCCGGAACAGAAACAAGCCAUCCUCCGUCUGCCGCAUCCCGAAGCCGACACGAUCCGUUUCGCGUACGACUACGAGCACGGCAAAUCCAAGCUCGAAAUGCCCCCCGUCGAGAAGCUCAUCGCCAACUACGGCGACGCCACCAACACAUCCUGGCUUGACGACCGCUACAAGGUCUGGCGCGACGAAGCCACAGGUGCAGCUGUCGGCUACGCCGAGGAGAACGGCUACGCCCUCGUCAUGGGCAACCCACUAUGCGACCCACGCCAAUACCAGCCCGUGAUCCGGUCCUUCCUCAAGUACCUGCGCAAGCAAAAGGACCUGCGGCCGCUCUGGCUGCUCGUCUCGCCCGAAGUCGAAGAAAUCCUCGGCGGCAAGCUCGGCUGGCGCACGCUCAGCUGCGUGGCCGAGGAACGGGUGCCGAUCGAAUCAGCAAAGAAAGUAGCCAAAAAGGAGCGCCAGGCCGAAGACGCGGGCGUCACCAUCCACGAGCAGCCCGUCGACCAGCCGGUACCGGAAGAGUUCCGCAAGCGCUGCGACGAGCGCAUCCGCCAGUGGAAAGAAUCCCGCAAGGGCUCCCGGCAGGUGCACAUCACCGAGGUCCGCCCCUGGGUCGACAUGGAACACCGCCGGUACCUCUGGGCCGAGACCAAGGAGGGCGAGAUCGCAGCCCUUUGCGUGCUGCACCGCCUGUCGCCUGCAAAUGGGUACCAGAUUAAGUUUGCGUUGGAUUUCCCUGGUUCGCCGUCGGGGACGAUUGAGGCGCUCAUUUCGGCCGCCAUUCAGACGCUUGCCAAGGCGGGGGUGCAGAAUGUCACGUUCGGUGCGGGCGCGUUGCCGGAUAUGGUGACGGGGGAGAAUCUGGAUGGGGUCAGGGCGAGGAUUCUGAGUAAAACUUACAGGACGAUUGCGCAGCAGUUGAAGUUGGUGCAGAAGAGCGAGUUUAGGGAGAAGUUUGGGACCAGGAAUGAUUUGGUGUAUUUGUGUGCGCCGGGGAUGAGUAUCUCGGGGAUUCGGUUGUUGAUUCGGUUCUUUGAGGAUGAGAUUUGAGUUGAUUCCAUUGGGGUGGGGUGGUUGAGAGGGUGCCUACGGGCUUGGUUUGUUCCGCGUCUGGCUUUCUUUUGUUA